AUGAGAGCUAGGUUUUUGUUUGUGAGACUUCUUUUUGACAGUACCGAUUUUGUUGCAAGGGAGAAUGCAAUAAAAUUAUACAAGGGUUAUUGGGAUAGCUUCUUUGCAAAUGAAGCUGAAUUUGUGGUGAUGUGGCAUAUUCAAUUGAGAGCUCAUAAUCCUAUUACUUCUAACAAAGAUAAUCUUGUUACUAAGCAAAAAAUGAGCUAUGAGGUUAAAUUCAUUAUUUCUAAGUGGAUGGUGGAUGAACAUCCCAUCCAUUUUCUCAUCUCUGUAAGAACUUGUGCGGAGCAUGGCACCCAUUUGGAGAAUGAAGCAUGGUUUGACUUGUGA